AUGAGUGAUAAUACAAUGAAUACAGAAGAAAUCGAAAAUGAAAAUGGAUUUGAUAUUAUUAAUGAUUUUAAUAAAGUUUUAAAGUAUAAUGAAAUUUCAUUAAAAUCAUUUUCAGAUCAUUCAUCAAAUCAAUGGAGAGAAUUCACAAUUGAUAGUAAUAGUCAAGGUUAUUAUGGUUAUAGUAAUAACAAUGAUAUCAAUUUUAUUCAAGAUAAAUUCACAUCAACACCAUAUAGAUCUGGUGGUUUUAAUUAUAAGAAAUCACCAUUAACUGAUGGUAGAUUCAUAAUUUGGAGAUUGGUUAAUAAAUCAUCAACAUUGGAAUUAUGUGAACAUUAUUCACAUCAUUCAUUAGAAAGUAAUCAAAUUAGAAUUCAUUUCAAUAAUACAUCAAUCAUUGGUGAUGUUUUCAUUCAAGAAUUAAAUGAUUAUGUUAUCAUUAUGGUUACAACUAUUUCAAAAACAAUUUAUCGUUUCUUAUUACCACAUCCAUCAAUAAUUGAACAUUCUGAUUCUAGAGUUGGUAUAAAAAGAAAAGUUGAAGUUGAUAGUUUUGGUAGUGGUAGUGGUAAUAAUAAUAAAAGAAAUUAUAAAUCUAUAUUUUCAAAUUUAUUAAAUUCAAAUUUAGAUAAUCAAUGGUCAAGAGUUAGAGGAGUAUUACCAGACUCAUUUGAACCAACAGUUAUUAGAUAUUAUUCAGCUACUAAAUUAAUCAUUGGUUCAAGUGGAUCAGGUUCAACUUGGUUAGAAUUGAGUGAUAUUAAACAAAGUGGUGAUAUCACUGUUAAGAAAUUCGAUUGCAAAGAAGGUCAAGGUUUCUUUAGUUCUUGGAAAUGGGGUGAAAAACAAGAACCUGUUCAAGAUAUUCAAUUUUUAUCAACAACAACAAAUAGUAAUAAUAACAAUAAUUUCCCUUUAGCAUUAAUUUUAUUAAAUAAUUCACAAUUAAAAGUUUGGUCUGCAAAUGAUAAAAAGUUUAUAAAAGAAAUUACAAUUUCACCUGAAAAUUGGAAUAACAAUAAUAACAAUAACAAUGAAAAUAAUAAUAAUAAUAAUAAUAAUAUACCUACAUCACCAAAUAUAAAUUCAAAUCAACAACAGCAACAACAACAAAACCUAUCAUUAAUUCAUAAGAGAUUUAAGAUUUACCAAAGAUCUACUAAAAGUUUCUUAUUGGUUGUAUAUUUUCAAUUUAAUUCAGAAUCUCAAUUCCAAUUUUUCUCAGGCACAAAUGAUUUCUCAAAUGGUAUAAACAUAAAAGAAGAAAGAUUUGCAUUUUUAAAAGGAAAAGGUUUAAUUGAUUUUAAUAUUCAUAAUGGAAUUUUAUAUUCAAUUUGGAGUCAAAUUAAAGAAAGAAAUUAUAAUAGAGGUAGAAUUAAUAGAGAUCAAGAAUUUGAUGAAGAUGAUAAUAAAUUUGAUAGAAACCAUUUUGUUGAUGAUAAUAAUGAUCAAGAAGAGGAAGUUAUAUUUAAACAUAUUUAUAUUGGUGAUUUAAUUAAUUUCAAUCAUCAAAAAUUGUCAACAUCAAAUGGUAAUGGUAAUGGUAAUGGUAAUAAUAAUUUAGAAAAUGAAAAAGAAAUUAAUAUGGAAUAUAAUCAAUUUUAUAAUGGUGAAAUGAUUAAUACAUUUGAUAAAUAUUAUGAAACUAUUAUUGAACAUUCAGAUGAAGAUUCUGAUCAACCAACUGAUCAAACUUAUUAUUAUAAUCUAUUAUUUAAUCGUGGUUUAUUCUCACCAAAUUCAAUUGAACAAGCAUUAAAUGAAUAUAAGAAAUUGAAAGAUAUAGAUGAUCAUGGUGGUGAUAAUGAUGUUGAAAUGAAUAAUGGAUUUGAUAAUGACAACUCUUUAGAAUCUGUAGUUUCAAAUAUCUUAAAUCAAGAAGACUUUAAAUUUCAAUCAAAUGAACAAUGGUCAAUCUUUUUUAAAUUAUGUACAAAAUUUCAAAAACAAACUUGUUUACUUGGUUCUGGUUUAUUCAUUGAACCAACUUCAUCAAUUAUAUUUUUAAUUAGAUCUAAUCAACUAUCAAUUAUGAAACCAAUGAAACCAAUUGAAUGUUUAUAUACAAUUAGUAAUAAUAUUAAUAAUAGUAAUAUUAUUAGUGAUAAACAAUUUUAUAAUAUUAUUUUAAAUUGUUUUGGAUCAAAUUCAAAUGUAUUGGUUAAUGAUUUCUUAUAUUUAAUGAAAUGUUGUAAUUUUAUUGAUAGAUUUAUAAAGGAUGAUUAUAGAUCAUUCGAAUAUGAAUUAUCACGUCAACAUGUUAAUCAUACUUUAUUAAAAGUUUCUGAAAAAUUAAUUGCAAAUUCUUAUAACAAUUCAAAUAAUAACAAUAAUAAUAAUAAUAAUUCAAAUAAUAAUAAUAUUGAAGAUAAUAUUAAUAAUUAUUCAAUUGGAUUUAUUAAAUUAUUUAAACUAAUUGAAAAUCCAAUUGAAACUAUUAAUUUAAUAUUAAAGAAAUUUAAAGAAGAAUUUUCAAAUCAAAAUGAUAUGGUCAUUCAAUUACAACAAGGUUAUAAGAAUAUUGAUAAAGGUUGGAGUGGUGAUUUAUUUGCAGAUAUCUUAACAAAUUGUUUCGUCUCAACAAUUGAAAUUAAAUAUCAACUAUUGACAAAGUUAUCAUUAUUAUUGGGUACAGUUUCAAAUCUUAGAACUCAUUUAGGUAUUGAUACAAAAACAUUAUUUACAUUGGAGAAAUCAAUUUUACCAGAUUCAAUUAAACUUUUAUCAACUUAUUAUUUAUUAAAUUGGUUUACAAAACAAAAUUUCAUUAAAUCAUUUGAUAAUUCAACAACAAGUGAUAUUGAUAAAAUUUUAAUUUCACAAAAUCAAUAUGGUGAUGAUAGUGAUAAUAAUAAUAAUAUUAAUAAUAAUGAAUAUUAUGAAGAUCAACAACAACAACAAAAUCAACAACAAUUUACAAUUUCAAAAAAUUUAAAUAUUUUAACAAUUUUAAUUAAUAGAAAUUUAAAUCAAUUUACAUCAAAGAAUGAAUUUUUUGAAAAUAUUGAAAAACAAUUAUCAAAAUUAUUAUGUGUUUUAGCACCACAUAUGGAUUUAUUUUCAAUGGGUUGUUAUUUAGUUGAAAAGAAUCAAUAUAAACAAUUGAUGGAAUUCCUUCAAAUCAUUGAAAAUAAUGAAUUAAUUGAAAUGAUUACACCAUUCUAUUAUUUAAUGGGUAUUUGUUAUGCACAUUACUCGAAAUUCAAUGAAGCUUAUCAAUAUUUAUUGAAAGCAACAGAAUCAAUUGAAAAUCAAAAUCAAGAUAUGUUAAAGAUUUGUUCAAUCUCAAAGGAAGAAUUAGUUUGUAGUUUAUUCGUUGAUAUUCCAAUUGAUAAUAGAAUGAUGAAUCAAACCAAUGCCAACACCACUCAAACUCUAAUUAGUAAUUAUUAUUUGAAAUGUAUUAAAAUAUUUGAAACUAGAAAUCAACCUGAAUUCAUCAUACAAUUUAGUUUAUUUGCUAUCGAUUAUUUAACUUUAGAAAAAGAGAAUUUCUCACGUUUAGAUUAUUUAAAUAAAUUGGAAUCACUUUAUUCUUUAGUUUUCAAAUAUUCUUUAAAAAUUCAAGAAUAUGAUUUAGCAUUCACUGCUUCAACUCUUAAUCCAAAUCAAGAUGUUUCACAAGAAAAUAAAAGAAGAUUAAUUUUAACAUUAUGUGAAAAUAGUGUUACAACUGUAAAUAAUAAUAAUAAUAAUAAUAAUAAUAAUAAUACAAAUAAUAAUACAAAUAAUAAUAAUAAUAUUGGUAGUGGUAAUAGUAUUAAAGUUUUAUGUAAAUUACCAUUUCCACAAAAAGAUAUUGAAGAUAAUUUAUUAAAAUUAGCAUCUGCUCAAGAUUUAAAUAAGAAACCAGAUUAUCAUACAAUUCUUUAUGCUUAUUAUAUAAGUAGAUGUAAUUAUCGUAAUGCUUCAAUGAUUUAUUAUGAACGUUCAAUUAGAGUAAAUAUUGAAGGAUUAGGUAAAUCGCGUGGUAAAUCAAUCUUUGAUCAACAACAAUUACUUGAUACUAAAUUGGAAUUAUUAUCAACAACAAUUAAUACUUUGAAAUUAUUAGAUCCAUCUGAUCAAUGGAUUGAAAUUAAUAGUAGUUCUUUAGAUAUUAGAUCAACUAAUAUUUAUAAUAAUAAUAGUUCGUUAAAUAUUGCCAAUCAUCAUCAACAUCAACAUCAACAACGUAAAUUUAAUUAUAUUGGUAAUAAUGAUGAAUUUAAAGAUAUUUCAGUUGUAACAUUAAAAGAAAUUGAAAAAGAGUAUAGUUAUUAUUUAGCAUCAAAACAUUUAUGUUCAAUUGAUAGUCAAAUUAAUAGUGAUUUCAUAUUAUCACCACAACAGUUAUUAGAAAAGUUAAUUCAAUAUUCAUUAUUUGAUGUUGCAUUUUCAUUGGCAAUCACUCAAGAGAUUGAUUUAGGUGCAAUCUUUGAAUCAUUUGCUUCAAAAUGCGUUCAACUUCAAUUGAAUCCACAAUCAAAUCCAUUCUUUAUAAAAAAUACAAAUGGUUAUGGUAGUGGUGUCAUAGGUAAUGGUGCCAAUAAUAAUAAUAAUAACUAUGGUUUUGAUUGUUCAGAAUUGCAACAUCUUAAAGAUAAAGUUACAUUGACUUGGAAAGUUUUAGAAAACUAUUUACAACGUUAUGAUUCAGAUAAGGAUUUCCAAUGUUUAUCACCAUCAGAGAUUAAUGAAAAUAGUCAAAAUCCAAAUACAAAAGCUACAAUCAUUGGUAAUCAACAAAUGCAAUUGAGAAUGUUUGGUGAGAUUCAACAAGGUAGUUUGGUCGAUAGAGAUUGUAAUGGUUGUUCAUUCCGUGUUUCAGAUUCAAAAGGUUUCUAUUUAGAUGUUCACUAUAGUCAUCGUGUACCACCAUUCUUUAAUGAUACUCAAUCAGGUCAACAAGUUAUUGUCAUUGGUAAAUUACAAGAUGGUAGAUUCAUAGCCGAUAAUGUACUUUGUAAACAAGGUCAAUUACGUUAUCAUGAAUUGGUAGCUGAUACUAUCCUAUAUGAAGGUACUUUGGAUUUACCAACUUGGUUAAUUCAAUGGUUCUCAAAAGGUCGUCAAGAUACUCUAUUCAAAUUAUACUUUAGACAUAGUCGUUUAAUUGAUGCUUCGAUUACUUUAAGAGAUUUAUUUAAACAUGCUCAAUUUGAAUUAAAUCAAAUUAAUAAUAAUAAUAAUAAUAAUAAUACAAUUAAAACUUCAUCUCAAAUAACUUCUAAAACAAUAUCUUUGAAUAUCCCAUAUGAUUUAAUUGAUAGAUUCUUUAUUGAAGCAAAGAAAAUUAAAUCAUCAAUAAUCGAUCAAAAAGAAAAACAACAAUUAACUCAAGAAUUAACUUUGGCUGAAAAUGAAAUGAUUAAAUAUUUUAGUAAAGUGAAUUAA